CAGUUAGCUCAGCGUAGUACCCAGAAUAUCCGGUCGUAGCUUAGCAAAGGAUGUUUCAGCGUUUAUUUGAGGGUGGGCCUUUGGGGAAUGGCUGUCCCACUGCUUUUCCUGUUUUCUGAUCCAAAUAUAAAGUCUUUGAUAGCUAAAAUCUCUUAGAAAAGAAUAAUGUCUCCCUUGGUCAAAGCAGUUUAAUUAAGUUUGAGUACCACUUGAGAAGGCACAGAAGGAGAAGAAAAAGAAGAGAAAGCAGAGUCAGAUAUGAGAGAAUGGACAAAGAUAUGAUUGGGGCAGGUUUCUAAUGCUGACCUGCCAGAGGGAGGCCUUAAAGCACUGUCAUUCUAAGAAAAGAAUAGAAUGAGCAAAAGUUGAGGAGACCUGAGCAAGUUAAUUUUUUUCCUAGUAUAAAAAUUAAUUCAUUUUUUCUGGCAAUUACAACAGUCCUGUCUUGCAUAGACUUUUGUUGGACUUAUAAUUUGGCCUGCCAGAUUUCUGUUGGUGUCACCAUAUUCUCUAGUCUUACUGCCAGUCCCCUUGGGAUCCUGUGUGUCUGUGUAAAUGUCUGAUCCAAGAGCGUCCUAGUCUUUGACAUCAGGAAAGGUGAGCUGCGGUCAGUUUUUUGUGGACAGUGUGUCUCGUAAACAAGCCUCCUUCCUUUAUCUGUAACAGGUGGCUCCUAUGCAGCAUUUUAGCCCAGAAGGCAUGAGCUGUGGUAAUUAGUGCUGAAAAGUUAGAAUGCUCAAAAACUCUGAGCAGUAAGUGUGACCUUCACUGGAAGGACUGGUUUUGUCUCUUGUAAAACCUACCCAGAGCUGAGCUUGGUCGGAGAGGAUCCUCUUGCCUUGGGCACCGUGAGCUGGUUGGUGCAGCACAGCCUUCCUUGCCUCGCCUUCCUGCUCCAAGCUCUCCCCAGACCCUCCUUCCAGGACAGCAUGUGGUUCUGUGUCCAGCUCCUGCCCACCACACCUAUGAACUGGCACCGCAGGCGGAAGGGUCUGUGGCUCCGACUGAGGAAGAUACUUCUCUGUGUUUUGGGGUUGUACGUUGCCAUUCCAUUUCUUGUCAAACUGUGUCCUGGAAUACAGGCCAAACUGAUUUUCUUGAAUUUUGUGAGGAUUCCCUAUUUCAUUGACUUGAAGAAGCCUCAGGAUCAAGGCUUGAAUCACACCUGUAAUUAUUACCUCCAGCCAGAGGAAGACGUGACAAUAGGUGUCUGGCACACCGUCCCAGCUGUCUGGUGGAGGAACGCCCAAGGAAAGGACCAGAUGUGGUAUGAGGACACCUUGGCUUCUAACCACCCUAUCGUUCUGUAUCUGCAUGGCAAUGCGGGCACUAGGGGAGGGGACCACCGUGUGGAGCUGUACAAGGUGCUGAGUUCCCUUGGUUACCAUGUUGUCACCUUUGAUUACAGAGGUUGGGGUGACUCAGCAGGAACGCCGUCUGAGCAGGGCAUGACGUAUGAUGCACUCCACGUUUUUGACUGGAUCAAAGCAAGAAGUGGUGACAACCCGGUAUAUAUUUGGGGACACUCCCUGGGCACCGGGGUUGCAACAAAUUUGGUGCGGCGCCUUUGCGAGCGAGAGACACCACCAGAUGCACUGAUAUUGGAAUCUCCAUUCACCAAUAUCCGUGAAGAAGCAAAAAGCCAUCCGUUUUCAGUGAUAUAUCGAUACUUCCCUGGAUUUGACUGGUUUUUCCUCGAUCCUAUUACAAGCAGUGGAAUUAAAUUUGCCAACGAUGAGAAUGUGAAGCACAUCUCCUGCUCCCUGCUUAUUCUCCAUGCAGAGGACGACCCAGUCGUGCCCUUCCAGCUCGGCAGAAAGCUCUACAACAUCGCUGCACCAUCUCGAAGCUUCCGGGACUUCAAAGUUCAGUUCAUCCCCUUUCAUUCGGACCUUGGCUACAGGCACAAGUACAUCUAUAAGAGCCCCGAGCUUCCACGGAUACUGAGGGAGUUUCUGGGGAAAUCGGAGCAGGAACGUCACCACUGAGGACUGGUUUCAAAAAGGAAACAUGGAGACCUCUGCCCCCCUUUCCCUGGCCGGCUGGCACCCUGGGCCCUGGCGUGCCGGCAUCAGCACUGCUCAGGAACCCGGCAUAUGGACACCCGAGGAAGUCCGAGCUGGCACCGGAGGUGUGGGCCUCCAUGGACGAUGCGCUGGGGUGGGCGUGUGGACCCUCUCACUCUUGAGCCGUUGUUGGGAAGGACUAGUCACAGGAGCAGGCAGCUGCUACUUACUGGUCCCUCACUAUCAGCAUGGCCAAUCCCACCUAUCUGGAGCUGGGCGGGGUACAGGGUCUCGGGGCUGGGUGCGGGGUUUCAGGGUCCCCACCUGAGCUUUCCCACCCCAUUUGCAGAGAACGGGGACAGACUGGGUUCUUUCUGCCCCUUCCCACCCACACAGGUGGACUCAAAGUGGUCAGUUACCCACCCUCCCCCCUGCUCCGCCCACCCUGCUUGCCUCCUUGGCGGUCACCUUGCCCCCCACCACCCGUUGUGGGUCCUGCUCAACCAGCAGACCAAGGGGUCAAGGUGGUGUCCUGUACUUCCGUGUUCCUCCCAUCUGGCCAUCUAACCUGGGCUUAGACUGAGCAUUUAUUUAAGAAUAAAACUGUGGUGGUGGUCUGUCGUUUUCUCUGUGCCCCUCAGCGCCCUGGCCUCUCUGUCCACAGCCCCUCCCUCGGUACUGCUCACAGGGCCUGGUGGUAGGCAGCGUUGGCAGUGGCAGCUCAUGGAGGCAUUGAGGGAGGGGCUUGUUCCCCUCCCUCCUCCUCCAAGACCCCCGAGGUCCCACAGAGAAGGAUGCUGGCUGAGGGUGGGCAUUUCCUCACGGUGGGCUAUGGCUCUUCCCAACUGAGAGGUGGCAUUUCUCUAAAACCCAGGCCUAAGUAAGGUGAGCCUUUCACCUGUAAGCUUAGAAAAGCCAUUCUUUAUACCUGUCACCUGUACAUCAGCUGCAUGAUUAACGUGCUUUGGUCUAUCUACAGAUACACAUAUGACAAGUCCCUGGCUACUUAAGAAUGCGUGCCGCUGGAGUGGGGGGAACUCUACUUACCCAGUUUAGGUUACAUGAAAUACAUUUAUUUACCCA